GUUAGCGAAGGAGCUGAGGGCCCAUGGUGAUGAUGAUGUGAUCAUGGCCAAGAUUAUAUCAACUAUUAAGGCAAUUCUAACGCGCAUCAUAUUCAGCGCGCACAGUUUGUUGGCCAUUUGGCAGGUGACGACAUUCAAGAAGGAUAUAAUCUAUUGGACACUAUGUGGUCCACUGCUGCUGCUGCUGCUCGAGGGCAUCUUUACUAUAAUGAUCAAGAAGACGCAAGAGUGGCGCUGGUUCUGCCCCUCGGUUUUUCUCUACCUGAGCAGCAUUGUGCCGGCGAUUUGGCUACUCGAACUGGACAAGAUUGAGCGGCGACUCCAAGUGAUAAAUGCCUCAAUGGCGAUUGUAAAUGCCAGCAUCGCCAGCAAUGACAGCAGCCUCAUCAGCAGUAGCACCACCCACUCCGCCGUCCACACCGCAACAACUACCCCAAACAACAGUGCAAUUGUACCAGUUGCAGAUCUAUUAGAUGAUGCUGGGAUCACGUUGCCCGUCAUCAGUCCAGAUACGUGGACGACGCUCAUCGAGCAGUUCCUCAUGCUAGUUCUGAUUCUCGGUCGCUGGCUGUUGCCCAAAGGCGAUCUAACACGCGAUCAGCUCAGUCAGCUGCUGUUGGUUUAUAUUGGCACUGCGGCGGAUAUAAUCGAGUUCUUUGACUCCUACAAGGAUGAUUCGAUAGCACGCAUUGGUUUUUUGGUCUUCCUCACUCUGGGAAUUUGGUCCUGGAGCCUAAUGCAAUUUACGAUUGUGCUGUCUGCAACACGAGGUAGACGACCUCGUGGCAGCGGCUCUCAUCACAAAGAGGAACAAACGGAUUGCUGCCAAAACUGCUGCUGCGGCAUUGAUGUUUGGGGCAUAGUGCUGAAUGUCAUACUGCAGGAUGCACCAUUUCUUACAUUCCGCUUACUGAUCAUAUUCCAAUAUAAGAUCAUCAACUAUAUGAACGUGUUUUUCACCUGCAAGAACUCCUUGGUCAUUAUACUCCAGCUGUACAGGCUGUACGUAGUCAACGCUGAAUUCUGGAAGAGUCGUCGGGAGAGUAGAAUGGAUAAGGCGCGUCAAUAUCAGUCGCGUCGACGGGUUCACGAUACGGAUCAGAACAGCAUCUAUAUGAUAUCCAAUGAACGUGGAGGCGAUGUCAAGAAGAAGAUUAAGAAAGCCAAGGAUAGAGAUUUUGUGGAGCAAGAAGCCAGUUACAGCAAAAAGAAAAGAAACAAAAAGGACAAGAAAAAACGCAAACGCAAAGAUACGGGAUAUUCGACUGCCAGCUCACAAAAUCUGUACUCCACCAAGGCUAGCAACAAGGAUAAAAAGGUUAAGAAGUCAAAGCGCAACUGCAGCAGCUCACCGAGUGACUGCGAUCCGAUCAAAGCCAAGAAACUGAAACGGGCUAAAAUUGCCGAAAAAGCUGAGAAGAAAAAAUCGCGAAAAAUCGAAGCCGUUAUUGAGGAAUCAAGCAGCACAAGCAGCAGCAGCUCGGAUUCGAGCAACUCCACAUUGCCCAGCUAUGAGGUUAUCGAUGAGAAGAAGUCACGUCGCCGCAAGCAUGCUCGCAUCAGUGACUCUAGCUCCAGUUCCAGCAGCUCGGACUCAUCCUCAUCAUCGUCUUGAGCUUUGAGAAGAACUUUUGGACCAACGGCAUUUUGAAUGAGAAUGCAACGUUGGGGCAACAAUCAAUUUUGAGACAGCCAAAAUCCCAUUUUGGCUGCGACGCUGAUAAAAUGCUAUCGGUUUUUGUCUAUG